GUCAUCGUCAGAGCAGAGCAGAGCAGAGCAGUGAGUGGAGCAGACGCAUCCCCGCCUGAUGUCUGAGAAAACACACACUCAAACGUGGGUCACCUCGGAUUAAUCACAUCGCUCAGACUGAGAGGCGGGAAACGGCGGCCUUAGGAACGGACUGGAUGUGGACACGGAUGAGAAUACUGCGUUCUGUGACCGAGGCUGGUGCCAGGAGGUAGCGGAGGCAGCCAGGGAGAAGUACCGGAGCCGCCGCGACAUCAGCGGGCGAACUUGGCUUCUCGUCCCGCUGGGAGGCGUGUGUGUUACUCCGCCGUGGCUCGCUGCCCUUCCCGCCCUCAGCGUCGCUAUCCGGACCUCAUAGGGAACACACGGCUGUAGCUGCUACUCAAUAAUGAUUCUGUAGAUUUUUUUCGGGGUAUUUUCAUCAACCAACUGUGGCUUUAAAGUGACGCACUCCACUGACACAGCGCCGUGAGUCGGAGCGGACCCCCACUGCAGCAGAGGAGGCUUUUAAAAAAGGGCUCUUAACUCAAGUUUUUGACCCACAAUUUUCCUACCGUGACAACGUCAACCCACACCAAUGUAACAGCAACAAGAGCAGAAGAAGACCAAGCUGGGCCAGGCUCGGCCGGGCCAGGCCAGGCCAGGCUCACCUAGCCUUCUGUCUGGCCUUAACAGGCAGGCCAGCCACCUCUGUAUGUAAUCCUGCCUCCAGUGAACAGAGGAAGCUUCAGCCUGUUGUUGUGCAAACACUUCACUGGCCCUCGGUAACACACUGGAUUCCAACUCUUUGGAGGCCACACUGGUCUGUUGGAUCUCCAGUUCUUCCAUGUCAUGGUGGUUGCUCUCUGGAUGUUUGCAGCAGGAUGGAUUCAGGUGUUAAUUUGACAGGUGUCACGUUGUUGCAGUCCCUGCACUCCCCCUCCUGUGACUGCCUUGUGUCCCUUCCCUCCCCAGUCUCGAAGAGUAAGCCCCUCAGCCUCUCCUGGGGCUUCUCUCAGCCCUGUAUGCAAAUGCCUUGCAGAAAUUGUUGUAUGUCUUGUUGAAACAAGUUGACACUGCAAAGGGGCAGUAGAGUUCAUAAACCCUUGUUAGAGAAAACAACAACUACACAACACAACAAAAAAAAAUUGUUGUGGUCAAUAGAUUUGAUUUAUUGUUUUGUUUUUUUGUUACUUUUUCCGGAGUUUGAUCAAAUGCUUUUCAUUUGAAAAGGGAGCUUGCUGGUCAAGAUUUGCACCCACAAUCAGUUUACACAUAGUGUAUAUUGGUCUGAAUACAGAUACUAUUUUUUUUAUUUAUGCAUAUAGAAUUUUAUUUUGUGGUCUGAGCCUUGUGCAGGAAUGUCUGAAAGUAAUAGUAGCAGUAAAGCAGUGAAAUUAUUCGCUCCAGCCCCGCCUCCUUCCUCUGCUUCUCCCUGUCCAUCACCCCAGACCCCUCACAAGAAUGUGAAUGGCUCUGCAAGUUCCGACUCGCAUUUGGUGGAGAAGCUUGGUGGACAACCAGAGGUCCGACGUAGGCGCCACACGAUGGACAGAGACUCGAAAACAGCCGAGCACCGCUUCUUCCGUCGGAGCGUCAUCUGUGACUCCAACGUCACGGCUUUGGACCUGCCCAGCAAAGCAGCCGUGAUACUCACCUCGCCUCCAGACUUUGAAGGGCGGCCCAUCUUUCUGUCGCCACUGCCUUCAGGGCCUGGACCCGGGGUGCAAGAUGUAGGGGAAGGAGAGGCCUCGAGAGGUUUAUAUUUGCAAGGUGCAGCCCAUCAUCCUUGUCUCGUGGUCAGUGGGGCUUUUGCAGAGGGGCAUGUACAAAAUGCUGAGAAAGAUUUAGGUGUGUGCAGCUUCACGGCUGAAGUUUCCACCAGUAGCAGCGUUGAACAAAGUGCAGAUGAGACAGAAAAAGAGCCCAGCCCGGCAGUAUUGGAUGUUACAGGCAAAACACCAGGCAAACCGCCAGAUGCCACACUGCUUCCCAGAGGGUGUGAGAGUAGCCAGCAGUUGGUAAAAGAUGAAAAAGUGAUAGAACCGGUCGAAGUUAGUAGCGUUAGUAGCGUUAGUAGUCCGACCGAGGAGAAAGCGAGGGAGACGGAGGAGGAGAAGGGUCUAGCCAAAGCACGAGCUGAGCAGAGAGAAGCUGAGAAACGAGUCCAAGAGGAUAUAGAGGAGGUAGAGACGAAAGCUGUCGGGACUUCCCCUGAUGGACGCUUUCUGAAAUUUGACAUCGAGAUUGGAAGAGGGUCCUUCAAGACUGUGUACAAGGGACUGGACACAGAGACUACGGUGGAAGUGGCAUGGUGUGAACUCCAGGAUCGUAAGCUGUCCAAGUCAGAGCGACAGCGCUUCAAAGAGGAGGCGGGGAUGUUGAAGGGCCUCCAACAUCCUAACAUUGUCCGUUUCUACGACUCGUGGGAGGGACCAUGCAAAGGAAAGAAAUGCAUUGUUUUGGUAACUGAGCUCAUGACAUCUGGCACACUAAAAACCUACCUGAAGCGUUUCAAGGUGAUGAAAAUCAAGGUCCUGCGUUCGUGGUGCAGACAGAUCCUCAAAGGCCUUCACUUCUUGCACACCCGGGCGCCACCCAUCAUUCACAGGGACCUGAAGUGCGACAACAUCUUUAUCACGGGGCCCACGGGCUCGGUGAAGAUCGGAGACCUGGGGUUGGCCACGUUGAAAAGGGCCUCCUUUGCCAAGAGUGUCAUCGGUACGCCUGAGUUUAUGGCUCCGGAGAUGUACGAGGAGAAGUACGAUGAGUCUGUAGAUGUCUACGCCUUUGGGAUGUGCAUGCUGGAGAUGGCCACGUCAGAGUAUCCGUACUCUGAAUGUCAGAACGCCGCGCAGAUCUACAGGCGGGUUACGAGCGGGGUGAAGCCUGCCAGUUUCGACAAGGUAGCCAUUCCCGAGGUGAAGGAAAUUAUAGAGGGUUGCAUCAGGAAAAACAAAGAUGAGAGGUAUGCCAUAAAGAUCCUGUUAAACCAUGCGUUCUUCCAGGAGGAAACAGGGGUCAGGGUUGAAUUGGCAGAAGAGGAUGACGGAGAAAUGAUUGCCAUUAAACUUUGGCUCAGGAUAGAAGACGUCAAGAAACUGAAAGGAAAAUACAAGGACAACGAAGCCAUUGAGUUUUCUUUUGACCUGAACAAAGAUGUCCCUGAAGAUGUGGCCCAAGAAAUGGUCGAGUCCGGCUAUGUCGCUGAGGGUGACCAUAAGACCAUGGCCAAGGCAAUCAAGGACCGUGUGUCUCUGAUCAGGAGGAAGAGGGAACAGAGGCAGCUUGUACGAGAGGAAGAAGAGAAGCGAAAGCAGGAGGCAGAGCAACUUCUGCAGCAGCAACAGCAACAACAACAACAACAACAGCAGCAGCAACAACAACAACAACAGCAGCAGCAGCAACAACAACAACAACAACAGCAGCAGCAGCAACAACAGCAGCAGCAGCAGCAACAACAACAGCAGCAACAACAACAACAGCAGCAACAGCAGCAACAUCUGCAGCAACAAGAAGCACUCAAGACUUCACACACACAGGCUGAGGCAGAAGAAUCUGAAGUGGAGCAUCAGCAGCUUCACUAUCAUCAGACAGGCAUCCCUCACAUAUCUGAAGGAGCUAUGGACAGUGGCCAGGGUUCCUCAGUUUUCUUGGCAGACCUCGCUCAGCUGACCAUGUCGUACAGCUGCCCCCCCUCCUCCCAGCCUCCUUCCCAGCCUCAGACCCCCUAUCCCCCCACCCCAUCUGCUUCCACGCAGCAGCACCCAGGCUACGCCCAGCCGCUGCAGCCAAUGUCUGCGUCGUGUCGCCGUCGAAGUCGUAGCAUGUCCAUUUGCGUCCCCCCCUCCUCCUUCUCCUUCUCCCAUGCUCCUCCAUCCUUGGCAGUUCCUCCAAAGCGGCCCUCCACCCCUCCUCUAGAUCUGUCAUCCUCAUCCUCCUACGUCACCUCUUCCCCUGGCAUGCCUCUCGCUGCUGAGAGAGAUACAUUCGCCGGGCGCCUCUCCAAGGCCCUGGAGACAGUCUUACCCCUUCAGUCUGCCUCUUCUCUGCCCAGGGCCAGGCAGCGGAGGGCCAGCCUGCCUGCCCUGUUCUCCAGCCCCCAGCAUUCAAUGCCGCACCCCUACAGUGGAGGAACGAGCACAGGCGGAGGAGCAGGAGGGAGCAUUCCCCUCCCAACUCUUCCUGACCCCACUGCUAUUUUCUUCUCCUCCAUCCCUGAACGCCCCAUUUCUUUCUCACCUCCACCCUCUGUACCUCCAAAGGCCUACAAUACCCAGCGACGCAAGAGCACAUCUAUUCUGGAGGCGCACACUCGUCACUUCCAGCCUGCUUAUGUUCGAUAUGGGGGAAGCUUGCACCCCUAUUCUGGAAUGGAGGCCGUGGAGACCCCGUCUCUGUUUAUGGUGAAUCCUGGUUUUGCGGCAGCCGCUCAAAGACUUGGUGUUGGUGAGACCCUGCAUCACCCGGGACAGUCUGACCCAAGUAUGUAUGGCUAUAAAGACAUGAGAGCAGAGCACGAAGAAGUCGUGAGGAGAUUAAGUUUGAAUCAAGCUGCCUUAUUGGACCAUUAUGAAGCAAUGGCAUAUGGAGGAUACCCAAUGACUGCACACCAGCUUGGUCACUUAAGUUAUCAUCAGCAGAGACAAGCAGCUGCUGCUGCUGCUGCUGCGAGUAUGGGUUAUGAUCCUGGUCCUCCACCUCAGCCAGGCUUUCUGCAUCCUCACAUCAUGCAAAGAAUGAGUACGCACAGUCCCAUCCCUCCACCUUUACUUCCAAUGAAUCCAUCCACUGGUGGCUCCGUCUCAUCUUCUUCAUCCGAGGGCUGCUAUCCUCCACCACAGCAUGCCUCUCCAUCUACUUUCCCGAUUUCUGCACCACCGGUAAUGGCUGAUGCACCGCCAUCUUCUGGAAGUGUUUUUGAGUUUCAUUUAGCUGCCGCCGCCGCUGCUGCUGCAGCUGCCGCCGGAGACCCAAACCUUCUGGCAUCCAGGCUUUACCGGCCCAGAAGAAGCUCCAUGGACCUCCCCUUGGAGGACAACAGCGGAACUGGAUCAAGCGGAUCGGGCUCAUACAGCCGUCUCCAGCCAGUGACCGAGGAGCUGUACACUUAUGUCAGUCCUGAGCUCCCGUUACCUCCAGGAAAUCUUCUUCUCCACCACACCGGUGUAAUUACGAAGGACAGAAGCCCCGAACCCUCUAGUGACUCUUUGACCUCUUCUGAUGCAGGAGAGUUCCAGUCACCUCCUCCCCCACCUCUCAUCCCCUCAUAUGACUCCUCAGCCGCUCAGUCCAUCCCUCACUCAUCCUCCAGUCUGCUCUUCGAUUCAUCGGCAGGAGUGCUCCCCAUAGAACCACAGGGACAUCCACCUUCCAUGCAUAGCUUUCUACCCACCACUCCAUCCUCUGAGCUACCGCUCGAGGGAACGUCAUCGGCUCACCUGGAGCCUCUGAUCCAGAGUGCCUGGGCCCGGCAUGGAGGGGUGGUACCAGCCCAACCCGACAUGACAUACCAUGAGUCAUUACUGGCCAUGCAGGCUGCCAACCCCACUCUGCAGCAGAUCCAGACUCCCACACCCCACCAGUCAGCACCAGGAGCCCCCGUCGUCCCCUCCACCUCCCAGCCAGCUCCACCUGGGAUACCCCAACAAACAUUCCUGCACGAUCGGUGUCACCAUGUUUAUGUCGUUUCAUCCAGUCAGGCUAGUUCAUCAGUUCAGAGUCCCACACACAGCACUCUGCCUCAAGGGUCUUCACAGCCCAGUAUAACUCCUCCUUCCUCUACUGUGACACUCCCUUCUCCAUCGUCGUCCCUUUCUAUUCCCAUGGCGACAGCGGCUGUGGCUUCCUUACCUUCUCCCCUGACACUCCCUGUUGGGGUGUUUUCUACUUUUGUUUCCCCACCUCCUCUUCCUCCUCCUCCUGUGUCCACACCUGUGCCUCAGCCAUUGGCCACCAUGGUGCCAAUCAUCAGUGUAGUCUCCGCCCCACCUGACACUCCUGUGGAAGAACUUCCCCAGUCUGCCUCUCAGUCUUCAGAGCUGUCCCAGUCCCAACUACCGCUGCCUCACGUCCUCUCAUCUAUAGAGAGUGGCCACUCUGAGACCUCAGGUCUGAGUGAUGGCAACGAGGGAGGAGGGGGAGGUCGCCAUGAAGGUCGCUCCACCAAGCGACACCAGAGACGCUCCGUGCGAAGUCGAUCGCGUCAUGAGAAGAUCUCCAAGGCGAAACUCAAUGUUCUCAAUAUCUCCAACCGAGGAGACAGAGUCGCUGAGUGUCAGCUGGAGACGCACAACAGGAAGAUGGUGACCUUCAGGUUUGACCUGGAUGGCGACAACCCGGAGGAGAUUGCUCAGAUCAUGGUACUGAGUGAGUUUAUCCUGGAGAGUGAGAGGGAGUCGUUCAUUGAGCAAGUCAGAGAGGUGAUACAGAACGCUGAUGAGAAGGGUCUGGAGAGGGAUGCAAACAACCAGAUGUCAGGUGGUACGGUGCAGCAGAUUCCUGUGAUAUCUGUCCCCAUGCCAGAUAUCCCUGCCAGUCCGUCGGCACAAGUGGUUCAUUCAGCCGGUCGGAGGUUCAUCGUGAGCCCCGUACCUGAAGACAGGCUGAAGGAGCAAGUGUUUCCCACGUCUCCUCCUCCUGCCACUCCUUCCACUCGUGGAACUAGUAAAGAUUGUCCACCUGAGAGUCCAGGUCAAGGUUUGCCGUUGUCCCAGUCUGCAGGAGCAAUCAAUUUACAACAAGCCUUCUCUGAGCUUAGACGGAACCAGAAUCAGUUUGAUGAGGGCCCCAGCACUGCCCCAGCUGCCAUCCACUCCACACAUCCCGCUCUACAACCUUCAGCUGCCUCUGUCCCUGCACAGGCUACCACAGUUCCCUCUACUGUUGAUUCUACUGCUGGGAUUGUCCCGUCUAAUUUAAACAAGGCACAGGAGCAGGUCUUGGAUGCCUCUCCUUCUCCCCAUUCCUCGUCCUCUACCCCCUCAUCUGUGCCUGCUGCCUGUCUCAGUCCUCCUUGUUCCUCCUCUCCUCCACCCACUUUUGUGAAUCAGCCCAUGCUCCCGUCACAGGUACUUACACAGGCGGGGAUGCAGGAUGUGUCCCAGGUCCAGGGACAAGCACAAAUUCAGCCCCAGGCUUUCCCCCUGCCUCAGUCCCAGACUGUUUCAGCUGUCAAUCCUACUGCAGUACCUCCCACUUUGGCCCCGGCAAGCAUCUCCAACAUCUCCCCAACAAUGCUCACCUCCCCUCCCAAUGGCCACGCUGUAUCCUCCCCUCCAUCCUCCACUCUCACAGCCAGUGAAGUGUCCUCCAGUCAUCUGCCCAUGUCACCAUUUACUCCUUCCCUCUCCUCUUCUGUCAUCCCGACUACUGCCAUCCCAGGCCCACAACUUACCCCGUCUGCUGCCUCCCUGCCCAGUCCCCCUUCCUCCUCUACUUCUGUGGGGCUUCAGCCGGUGACCACAAAUGUUCCUUCAGUCCAACCGACCUUGGUCCACUCUCAGCCUCAGACAGCAGCGCUGCCUGGACAGACCCACACACACUGUGGGGAAUGUGAUGCAAGAUGUGAGGUGUUGGCUGAGUCCCAAGGUAAACCGGACGACAUCCAAGCUCUGGAGAAGAAGCUGCGGUCUCUCUUCAUGGACCUCGGUGGAGGAGUUCCCUCCACCCAGGGAGACAUCUUAGCUGCUGACAUUGCCUCUGUGGCUGGUACCACAUCCCCAGGGGGGCCCAACUCUACCUCCACCUCAUCUGUCACCACACCUGGCUCCAGUCUGCCAACCAAUCCUCUUCAGCCCCCUUCCAGCCUCGCACUGGGGUCACUGGGGUCGCCUGCUCCUGUCCAGGGACCCGGGACACCUAUUUCCACUCCAGUACAGAUGGGCAUCCCUGCCUCAUCCUUUGCCCAGACCACUCCAUCCAAAACCCCUCUAUCCAGGGUCCCGGCCAGUUCGUCUCCUUCAGAACUCCCGCCAUCCUUCCCUGGACCUUGUCCUACACAGUCCCAGCAGCCACUGGAGGAUCUGGAUGCACAGUUGAGGAGAGCUCUAAGCCCAGAGACUGUUCCUGUCAGCUCACACUCACUGGCUUCUCACAGCAGCAUACCUGGACUAGGACAGCCAAUAUCUUUCUCUCUGGAUGAAGACUCUGUGUUCUCUCCUACUGCUCCUCCUGCUGGUGGAAUAAAACUGGGAAGAUUUCAGGUCUCGUUGGCGAAUGAAGAGCCCCGAGUCCAACGCCAGACCUGCACUGAAUCAUCCACCACAUCUUCAUCCUCGUCCUCUUCCUCCUCAUCCUCCUCCCUUUCCAGCCCAGAGAACACACUGCAUAAGAACUCGUCUCCCCUCAAAAGAGUGGCAGGACAAAGAGGAGACAUUGUGGACGGGCUCCCCCAACGGGCCUUGAUAACAUCUCAACAGUCCACCCCCUUUACCUCCCCCUGUCCCUCCCCUAAACCCACAGCUACCAUUGGACGUUUCCAGGUCACCUCCAAUCCUGAGGCUCGCGUUGGUAGAUUCUCGGUCAGUCGCGCCCAGGAGCAGAGCGCAGAGUCCAGGCAAAACCCUCCACCCGCUGUCCAGACUGCAAACGGAUCCAGUGGUCCUGGACAGAUUUUGACACCAGACUCCCCUCAUAAAUCCUCCCUGCUGAGUCUGAACAACAAUAACUCCUUCAACAACUCCUACAUCAGCAGCGAUAAUGACUCAGAAUUUGAGGACGAAGACUUCAAACAUGAAGUCACCCGCCUCAAAGAAAAGCACAUGCGUGAGAUUCAGGCCCUCCACUCCCGUCAGAAAGAGGAAAUAGACAGUCUCUUCACCAAGCUGGGAAAGAUUCCUCCGGCUACAGUGCUUCCUCCUGUCGUGGCUUUGACUGGCAGGAGGAGACGGCCUACGAAAAGCAAGUCCUCCAAAUCAUCCAGAAGCAGCUCCAGACAGGGCAGCAAGAGUCCAUUACAGCCAGGCAGCACUUUAUCCGCCCAGAGUGUCCCAACCAUGCAUCCCGGACAGCUGGCUCUGUUAGCCCCAGGAGGAUUAGCUGAUUCGGGCAGCAUCCCUCUGCCCCAGCCACUCAAAACCUCUCCCUCCAGUGAUAACCUGUGUUCGGCCUACACUAGUGAGGCCGCACUCUCUAUGCCCAGCCUGUGUGCUCCCACCCCAGGCUGUGUAAAGUUCAGCUGGGGUUCGGAGCGUUUGGCCUUCAAGCCUGGUGGCAGGAGGACGCGCUUUCUGAGUACGCCCUGCUUGGCUCUUUGGAAGAUGGUGAAAAAAGUCUGCCCCUGCAACCAGCUGUGUAGGACGAACAGCACCAACGCCGUGAGCGGUUCAGGCGGCCUGUGCCAGAGUCAGACGGGUUCUCAGUAUCUGCCCUCCAGCAUGACGGUGCCGCACCAGAGGAAAGGAACCUUCACCGACGACUUCCAUAAACUGGUGGACAACUGGGCCAGAGACGCCAUGAACCUCUCACAGGGUAAGAGGAGUGCCAAACAGCUGCCGCAAGCUCCAGCACAGGGACACAGCUACGAGGUCAUUCAGUCAGCAGGUCUGGGCAGGAAGUACUCGGCUCCCAGCCAGCUGUGUCCCAGCAGCAUCGGAGGCUCUGCACACCUCCCCACAAACCCCACCACCACCACUACCUCUGUGGCCGCCCGCAAGGGCUCCCUGAGCCACGCCCCCGCCGCCUCCACUCCACCCCAACCCCAGCCGCCUCAAUUCACCCACUACAACCCCACCCCCGCCUACAGCGCACAGUGGUCUGGUCCAGCUCUCGGUUUGCCAACGCCGCACCAGGCUGCAGCACAGCCUGGACCUCUGCUGGUCAGCACUUCCCAGCCCCUGGGCCCCUACCCCACACCACAGGGCCAUAUUCCCGGGCAGGGGCCAUUCCAGGCUUUCCAUGUGACCAACGCUUUGCAGAAGUCUGUCAGCAACCCAGGAGGACCCAAUCUGAGGACCACGUAGGGCUGGGGGUGAGGGCCGGUGUGAAUCACUGCCCGACUGGCCUGAGCUGGUGUGGAGCGGAGCGUUUCAGCCAGAGGGGACAGCUAGAACUGGAGUGGGUAAAGUGUCAGAAGCUGAUCUGUUCAAGUGGAGGAGAAACAGGAUGGAAGAGAGGAAGGAGAAAUGGCGGCUGCGAUCGCCUGUGCUUUACUUCCUACGCGUGUUAUCGGAUCUUCCCACCUGCUGUUUACCGACCGCGGGCCUGUGAUGGCAGCCAAAUACUCGAGGACAAAGGAAAAGACUGAUGAGUGCAAUGUUGAACGGCCAAAGAGGUUCUGACAGGGUAUGGGACUGGUGUCGGUGACUGUGUUUGUGUGCCGUGCCGUGCCGUGUAUGGGCUUUCAUGACAGGGUCACACUUGGAGUUUGUGAGUCCAUACAUGACGGCACGCGCACACACACUUUGUCUGUCUUUUGGUAGACAACGGUGGGAGGAUGAAAAUGAAAGGUUGAACGGGAAGAAGGUGGUGAUGUGAAUGUCUGCUUUGAUAUGAAAAAAUCUGGGAUUAUUACUAUCGUCAGUGAAAACAGUCCAGUUCAGUAUUCACAUUGUUUUUCUCCCAAACCAUUAAAAGCACAAUAGGAUAGGACAGCGAGAACAAAGUGAAUUCCUUUAAGUGAGAAAAGUCCACAGAUCAGCACAGAUCAGGUGUAGUCGUGAGAGAAGUCGUGGCAGCUUCUCUGUGUGUUGUUCCUCCUCGGUACUGACAAGUCAUUCAGAGAGAGAGGGAGAGAGAGGAGGAGGAGGAGGAGGAGGAGGAGAUGGAGAGAGAGGGUUUGUAUAAAAGCCAAACACCAAACUGUUCCCUCUGCUUACGUCAGGAGCGUUUGUUGAAAAAGCACUUAACAGACGUGACGAAUGCUCGUCAGCGUCACGACUCCUCCUCCUCUUCCUCCUCCUCCUCCAUCCCUCUGUCCUCCUCCUCCUCUUCCGCCUCCGCCUCCUCUCUGUUGCCAUUUAAAGCAAUAAAAGCAGAAAAGAAAAACCUUUACAGAAGGAAAAUCCCAAGCAUGAAAGGAAAAAAAGUGGCCUUGUUAUCAGAAUAAUAUCAGAGUCCCUGUACAGUUAGUGUUUAUUUUUCAAAAAUGUCAGAGAUGAUGAUAAUUCCAUUCGUUGUUUUCUUUUAGGUUUUCUUUUUUUUUUUUUUUUGUCAGCAUUGUUUGCUAGCAGUCUCACACACACACACACACACACACACACACACACAGAGACAGACAUGAUAAUACCUGAGCACACACACACACACGUCGUUGGAGGUGUAGCAGCUGUUUAACAGACACAAACUCACUGACUAAUGUCUCAGUUUUGUAGUUUCAUCACACAGUUGGUUUUCAACCUUUGGGUUGAAAUGAUGUACAUUGUUGUUAAUGAUAAUUAUUCUAUUUAAAAAACAAAAAAAACUAAAGUGUGUUCUCUCGACGGACCUGUUAUACACACACACACACACACAUCGGUGCUCGAUGUGGAAACACUGUGAUUAUUGUCGUUUGUUGACAAAAUGUUGUUGGGCAGCAUUAGAUUUAGGGUGAAACGUCAAAACAAAUAAAUAAACAAAUAAAAGGAGAAUACAGAGGACACUUCAGGGUCCUUUCACUUUCAAUUCACUGCUUCCUGCAGACGGAUCGUCGUCCAAAAAAAUGUGAAAAUGACAAAUGAAUGUCAACGAUACAUCCGGUCCCAUUCUCUGAAAAACAAAUGCCUUACUCGACCGCUAGUUUGGAUCCGUCGUCAUAACUCAUUGAAUUGAAAGUUGAAACUGACCUUUAAGCCUGAAGUCAUUAAAAGUAGUUGAUUUUUAAGAAGAUUUAAAAAAACAAACAAAAAAAAAGGUUAUGCUAGCUAUUUUUUAGUUCUUAAAACAGUACUUAGACAGUAUAUCAGACACUUUAAAUAGCCCUCCUCUUCCCUUAUUCCUCCUCUGGUUUGGAUAGAUGAAUGUGAAUGUAUAAACCAAUGGUGUCCAUUUUUAAUGUACUUGAAAAGAAAAAAAAAGUCUGUUGUUUUUUUGUUUUUGUUUGGUUUUUGGUUUUUGCUCUGUCUCUGUUUGCUUCUCCUGAUCUCCCCCAGAGCCUCUGGUGAAUACUGGAGGUAUUUACUAGUGCCUUGCAUCCUUCCUGUUCCUGUUGCUUCUUUAUGUGUGUGUGUGUGUGUGUGUGUGGGGAGAGUGGUCACUGUGAGGUCAGAGGUGAUGCGGGAAUCAUAGGUGCUGCUUUGUGGUUGAGUCCGUUUGAGUCUUUUUUUGUGGGGGGGGUAAAAACAUGAAUUGACUCUUUUCUGAGUGUGACCUCUGGUGACGAGAACAGAAGAGAAGAGGUCGCCAUUAUGACAUCAGUGUUGAAGUGAAUGCUGUGCUUUACCUGCGCCCCGGUUUCAGAAAGGUUGGAGAGAACUUGAUGCAUUAUCAGUGCCAUUUUUCUUUUUCAGGGUUUUAAUUGUAAAUAAUGUGGAGGGGGGGGGGGGUUCAGUUGUUGAAGAUUGUAUUUGAAGCUUGGACCACUCUGUACUUUAGAGGCACAGGUGCAGCAUACAGUGAGGAGGGGAUGUAGUGGUGGAUUUCAUUUGAAUCCUUUUUAUACCAAAACAUGAAUCUUUUUUUUUUUUUUUUCCCUCCCCUUUUAUUCAGCGGGGAAAAGUGAGAUUAAAAUUAUAGGUGGACGUUUUACUCCACUGUCAGUUAAGCAGCGAUGCUUUGGUGUGAGUGCCUGAUGCUCAUCAAAAUGCACAAUUGUUGCAUUUUUCUAAAUUAAGGGCGACCGCAUACACUCGUGUCAUGUUUCCCUGCCUAAAUGAAAGGUCCAGUGUGUAUCCUGAGUACGUCAGGGAACUACAGUGGGUCUUCAUGCACCAGAAAAGGUUCCUUGUUUGCGUAGUUUUAAGCAAUUUUACACACACACAGUCAUACUUAUAUUCAAUUUCGGGCCAAUAAACCCUCCUAAUUGUUACACACUGGACCUUUAAUGUUAUCGAAUUAACCGACCAAAUUUGUGAGGCUGUGUGACCAAUGCAUAAUAGAAUGUUUUUCUCUUUUUUAACCAAAGUCCACCCACUUCAACCCAGUAAGACGAUACAGAGAUCUCUCACCUCACAGUUUUGUCCCACUAAGAAACGUGUCGUCGGGCGUCUCCUCGUCUGUGCUGUCGUCUCAUCGGUCAGUGAGGCCUCCGCAUCCGAGAGUUGCUGCAAAAAAAAAAGAAAAGAAAAACAAGUCUGCAAAAGGUAUGAAUCUUGUGUUCUAGCAGCUGCACCGUUCAGGGUUAAACACGGCGGGUGUUCAAGGACAAAGUGGUGGUUUUGGUGGUGGUGGUUCUGAUGAUCUUUGAUGCCUUUGACGCCCUGUUCUGCUUUUGUCGUUUCAGUUCACACGCUCUGGUACAAACUUAACUUAACAAACUUUUUUUUUUUUUGUUGGAAGUGUGUUCUGGAUUCACAUAAAUAAUAUUGUGCCAUGGUUAUCUUGUAACGUUUGUACAAAACUCAAGCUUUUUGUCCAUUUCUCAUGAAUAUUCUUGCAAGUUUGGUUGAAGCUGUGAAUAAUCUUUGAGCCACUUCGCUCUAGUCCUGGUUUUCGACUUUAGUUCAGUCAAAUCUCUCGCCGACUCCUUGCCGUGUUCAACCAUCAGAGGUGAAGCAAGAAAAAAACUGAGUGUGCUUACCUGUUGUUACUCACUGGAGCUGAUUUGGUUGCCAGGUAACAUCCUGGAGGUUUUUUUUUGGUGAUAUUUCUCUUUUGUCUCUCUCACACAUAUUUACUUUGAAAGGAAGCGCCUUCUGUGCAAUGGCCACAGUGCAAUAUUAUACAGGUGACAGUUUUGCUAUCAAAUUUCCUGAAGGGUUUGGAAAGCUUCGAGGGUUCAGUGGUUGUGGCUGUAGCAGAGAGCUCUUACUGUGAAAUUGGAGGAGCUCUUAUUGUGAAAUUACAUUGAAGUUGUGAAGUGGGGGGGGGGGGAAAUAGGAUCAAUCUGUGGAGACGCAUGUGCAAAAGUGUAGCAAUAGUUUUUUAGGUUCUGUUGGUGUUUUCCAGUUUAGUGUGUUCAGGACUCGCUUACCUCUAAUGCGUUUUUACUGUAGAAGUGCCCACGUGUAAAGAAAAAGAAAUAAAAGAAGCCUUUUUAUUUACAAACACAACAUACACUCACACAGACUGAUGCAUCUCCUCACUUUGUCGCAGCUUUCUCCCGUGGAUCAACGUCUAGUCUCGAGUUUCUCUGACUGUUACUGAGAAAAAAAAAUCUCUUUUCAACAUGUUUCUGUGCUCAAUUUAAUUUAAUUAUUAUUUUUUUUUUUUAAUUUCUCACUCAUUUUAUCUGCAGUGUUAAUGUCGAGCAGCACCUGAUGUAAUUCAGUGGUUUUUAUUUUGUCUGUAUCGUGUUUGACCGUGUACAAAAGUGGUUAAAAUAAAACGCUCAAAAACACAUGGAUGAAUGAAAGAAAGAAAAACAAACACAAAAAAAUUAAUGUAGGGAGUCAUCUGCAGCCUUUAAUGGUAUGUUUUGCACUAAGUAUACAGAGUGUUCAAGCUUCAUCAUAAAAAGAAAAAGUGCGCUUUGCGCCACAAUACAAUAAAAUUUGUUACUUUAUUUGUAAAGACUUAAUAAAAGUUGUUUAAAUGAA